GUCCUUUCUGUUUUCUUUAACCCUCAACUUAAAGCUUAAUAUCAUAUCAAUCAUAGCAACAAUUUCCUUAGUCAACGGAAGAGGAUGGCUUAUAGAAUUUUUACGCUCACUGAUGGUUUCCAAGCAGGCUAUCUCUAUACCUUUUGCUGGUGGGUGGUAUUUGCAAUUUAUUCAAUUGGUCACCAAUUGAAUAGAAUCAGAGCCUACCGUAUCAGAAAAAAAAGGAUACACGGUAAAACAGAUACUAUACUCACUGAUCUACCUGGUGCUCAACUCUUCCGUUCCCUCGACCGAGUCGUCCGUAUACCUUUCGUAACAGAAAUGAUAUCCCUAAAGCAUAUCCUUGGCAUUACUUUCUUUAUAAUUGUUAAUCUAAUCUUCAUGUUCUUCGCUCCUUUCACGGUGAAUACUAAAUACUCCGUCCCUCCUAUCGCUCUAUUUGAUCGUCGUGCUGCCUUUAUCGGCAUGGCUAAUUGGGGUUUCGUGUUUUUCCUCGCGCAAAGAAAUUCUCUUUUGUCAAAAAUGUCAGGGCUGACUUUUCAACAACUUAUUCCUUUCCAUCGUAUUAUUGCUCGUAUUGGAUUAGCAGAAUUCUUCCCCCACUUUGUAUAUCGUAUUAUUAAAGGCUAUAGAAGGCAUUACAUUGUCAAAGAAGCACUUUUUAUGGACACAGAAUACUCUACCGGAACAAUCGCUAUGCUUGCUUUCUUCAUUAUGUUCGCUACUUCGUUCGAGUAUAUUCGUCGCAAUUAUUUCGAGGUUUUUUACUAUAGCCAUGUCAUCUUUUUAAUAGUCGCAAUUAUUGCUACAUGCUGGCACGAACCCACCUGCAUGGUCUUUUUUAUACCCGCUGUCGGUCUUUGGGCGGCUGACCGCGCUGUUCGUACCUACAAAUCUUGGAUAGUCAAAUCGACAUCGGUCCGUGUGGAUGAAGUGCUAAACGACUCUGCUUCUCAGGAGGGUAUUGUUCGGGUCUUGUUCGAAAACAGAAUCAUGAAUAGCUUUAAGCCUGGUCAAUACAUUUUUGCAGCAUUGGUUUUGAAUGGUAAAAAAUUAUGGGAAUACGCCAACUGGCAUCCAUUUACUAUUUCUGAAGUGUUCCGUGUCAAUGACUCUGAUACUGAUAGUGGCAUUGAAGAGCGAGUUGUUGGUGCUAGUCAUAGUGAAAAAAUUGCUACCUCCACGAAGCCUGACUCAACGGUUACUGUAAAUGAAAAACGCAAAAUCGCUAAUUCUUCCGCUGUUACAAUAGCGGAUUCUAGCUCUUUAUCUGAUGUCUCCUGUCUCCGUCGUCGUGCUGCAACCGUUUCAGGUGAUACUAACGCGAAAACAAUAGCUUCCUUCCAUAUUAAAGCAUUGGGUCACAUGACGCGAGAUCUUGUAAAGGCGGCCGCCGUCGGAAACAAGGUACAGGUUUACAUCGAUGGUCCUCAUGGUCCUCAUCUUCAUUAUCAAGAUUAUCCUGUUGCCGCUUAUUUUAGUACAGGUAUUGGUGUGACUCCUUCUUUGGCUAUGAUUAAAGACAUUGUUGAAAGGAGAUGCAACGGUGUUCGUACAAUCACUACUGAAAAUGUUUAUCUGAUAUGGGCGAUUAAAUCAACCGACGAACUCCAUCCAUUUAUUGAUAUGUUCACUUAUUGGAACGACAAAGUGAACAACUCUAUACAACCCUUCCAUCUUUCUGUUAACGUCUACAUCACAAGGAUGAAAGAAGGACCCAACUAUUUCGAAGGUCUCAACUGUCUCAAUGUUUCUUACGGCGAAAGACCAGAUGUAAAAGUGGAAAUGGACAAGAUCAAAACAGUAAAUCCUCUUCAAAGAGUCUUCGCCCAUGCUUGUGGCUCAGCUAUAUUCACUCGCACCGUUGUUAAUGAAGCUGUCGCUCAUAAUUUUGAACCUCAUCAUGAAACCUUUGAAUUUUAAAAAAAGAAGCAAACCUUCAAGUUUGCUAUUGUAUUAUUAUCAAAUAUCUUUUUACAUACUUAACUUAUCUAUAUGCCUCUUGUAUUAUGUCCCGCAAAAGCCAUGAUUUAACACAUACCUUUUCACCAUUAUCUAAGCUAAUGUAAUCUUUUUAUAUAUUUCCUCCGCUCUUCACCAACUGUGUAAAAAUUCUACUAUUUCAAUAUUUAAUAGACAAAUGUACAAAUAUACAAUACAC